AUGAUAACAAGAAAAAGAAAAGUAAAACUAAAUAAUAAUAAUAUAUCGUCAUAUAUAAAUAAUGAAGAGAAUACUUAUUCAAAGAGGACGAAGAAGUUAAAUCAAAAUGAACAUCGAAAUAGUAGUAUAUAUGAUGUAAAUUAUAAUAAAUGUUAUAAUGAUAAAAAUUAUUAUACAGAUGAAAAUAUUUCCAAUGAUAUACACAAAAGUUCUGAUCAUGAUUCAGAAUUAUCUUGUCACGAUGAUGAUGAUGAUGAUUAUGUUUAUGGAAGAGCAAGUGAUGCUUCUUCAAGUUAUUAUAAAAAAAGAAAAAAAAAACAAAAAAAAACAAAUAAAACAAAUAAAACAAAUAAAACAAUUAAAACAAAUAAUAGUAAAAAAACAGAGAUAAAUAAAAAAGUCAAAAGUGAAAAAGAAAAAGAAAAAGAAAAAGAAAAAGAUAGUUAUGAUGAACAUUUUACCAAAAAAAAUGACGAGGAAAAAAAAACACGAAAAAAAAAAUCUGGAAAAAAAAAUUCAAUUGUAGAAAAAAUACAUAAUUUUAUUUAUCAAAAAAAAGAAUAUUUUUAUUUAGACCUUUUCGAAUAUCUAAAUAUAAAAACAGAAACGGAUGAACAAAAUAUGAAUGAUCGCUUUAGCUAUUUUGUUAUAUCCGAAUUUAUAUCUAUAAUGAGACAAUCCACAAGGGGACGAGAAAAUAUAAAUCAAGAUCAAGUGGAAAACCAAAAUAUACAUAGUCAUAUACAUAUCGAUGACCAUAUUGAUUGUCAAAACGUAAAUGACGAAAUGAAUAAUGUUAAUGAAAAUUCAGAAACGAAAAAAGAAAAAGAAUCUGAUAUAUCUUGCACGGAAGCCCCCAAUUAUGUCUCUAAAAAUAAAAUAUUUAAUAUAAAAGAAAAUAUAGAUUUAAAAUGUAUAUUAAAUCAUGAUAAUACAAACUGGAGAAAUAUAUUCUUCCUUGAGGAUAUACAAAUUCAUUUAAAUAAUAAUAAGAUUAAAGUCUCUCCUUUUUCAAGUGAAAGAGUUGUUGAUAAUAUUCAGAAAAGUUAUUUAUUAAAAAAAAACAAAAAAAAAAGUAAUUCUCAUAUAAAACAAAAGGUAAAGGAUGAAAUUCAUGACUUUUAUAAUUAUUUAGAAAAAAUAAAAAUAUAUUUAAAUAAUCAAGAAGAAAGAAGAAAAGAUGCAAGAAAAAAUAAUAGUUUUUAUAUGGAAACUAGUGUAGAUAUGAUUGAAGAAAAUAAUAUUUUACAUCCUGAUAUGAUAACAUUUUUAUAUUUUUUAUUAAUUUGUAAUAAUUUAUGUAAUGAUAUAAAAGAAAAUACCAGUGAAGAAGAAAUUAAAUAUAUAAAUAAAAAUAUAAAUGAAAAAGAAGAAUUUAACAUAGAAAAUUUAUUGAAUAAUCUAGAAGAAUAUUUAUCAAAAGAUUUAUCAUCAGAAAAUAUUUUUUUAAGUUUAUGUUGUCCUAUAAAUUAUAUGGACUUUAGUGACAAUAUAAAUAUGGUAACAUAUUUAUCACUUUUUUUGAAUGAAAAAAAUGUAAUGAAAAAAAAUAUAUAUAAUAAAGACAACUACGACAUAAAUGUAUGUUAUAAUAAUAAAAAAUAUAUUUUUGAAGAUGAUGUUAUAUGUGAUGAUAAAAACACAUUAACAAAUAAUAAUAAUAAUAAUAAUAAUAAUAAUAAUAAUAAAAAUAUGAGUAAUAUAAAAAAUGAAGUUGCAAAUUCUAUACACCAAAAUAAUGAUAAUAUAUAUAAUAAAAAAAAAGAAAAUUCUAUUUAUAACCUAAUAAACGAUAUGAUGAUGAAAUGUUCCCAUAUUUUUGAAGGGAAUAUUUUAAGUAUAAGUAUUUACAGUUAUUUAAAUAGUGGGGCUUAUUAUAAUUCUGAUAAGCCAGGACGAAAUUUUAUUGUCUUUUAUUUUUUAUCAAAAUAUUUGUGUAAACCAAUAUUCAUUGACAUGAUUGAACAUACUUAUAUGUGUAAAAAAAUGGAAUGGAUAAAAUUUGAUUCUUUAAAUGAAGGGAAAAAAAAAGAAUAUAUUUAUUUGCUAUUGUGUUUAUUAGGUAAUAAAAUAAAAAUUUUUGCCAUAUCAAAAUAUCAUUUUUUUGUGAAUAUUUAUAUGUCUUUAAAAAAUCAGAGAAAAAAAGAUUGCUAUAGUAAUAUAUAUUCAUAUAUAAAAAAAGAGAAAGGAAGAAAAACAAAAAGAAAUCAAAAAAAAGAAAAAAUUAAAAACAUAUUUACAUAUACAAGUAGUGAAUAUAUUAACGAUUUUUCAUAUACCAUUUAUAUUAAGGAUCAAAAAAGAUAUUUAAAAAUAGCUCUUUGUUUUAAUAACUUCAAAAUUAAAAUUAUAGACAUUAUAUUAAAUAUUGUUAAUGAAGAUGAACAUAAAAUUAACACCUUUAUUGAAAAAAGUAAAACCAUCAAUAUUUCUCUACAAUAUGGAGAACAGUACGACAAAUUUUUAUUUCUUAAUAAUAAUGAAAUGAACAUAAAUGAGAAUGUGCAAUAUAUGGAAGAAAAUAAUAAACGAAAUGAUGAACUAAUAGAUAAGUACUCAUGGAAUAAGGAAAUGAAGAAAAAAGAAAAUUUUUUUCUAAAAGGUUGUAGCAGUGAUAAUGAAAAUAAAGAUGAUAAAAAUGGUGAUUAUAUUAAUUAUGAUGAUGUUAUUAAUUAUGAUGAUAUAAAUUGUCAAAAUAAUAACAAUAAUAAUAUUUAUAUUUCAGAUAAAGGGCACACUCAUGUGGAAACACAUAAUGAUAUAAACUAUGGUAUAAAAAAAAAAAAAAAUAAUAUAUCAAAUAAUAUUUACUCAUCAAAAAUUAAUAAAAUAAAUAUAAGAGAAGAAGUUAUAUGCCUACAACAUGGUGUGUUAUCCUUAUGCUCAUUUUAUCCAUGUAUUAAUUCCUAUCUUUUAUGCUUAUGUUCUAAAGAUGGAAAUAUCGUAAUAAUAGAUAUAAGAAAUAGUAAGGAGCUGUUUUAUUUUAAAAGAAAAACAGAAACUUGUUCUCAUUUAAAGUGGUACAGAAAUAGUUGUAUUAGUUUCGGUCAAGAUAAAGGAUCUAUAAUUAAUCUUUUUGAAAAUAAAUAUAUUUUAAAUAUUGAUAAAUCCUUUUUUAAUAUAGUAGAUAAUAGUUGUUUAAAUAGUGUUUUAAUUGGAGAUCAUAUGUACUUAUAUCUAUAUGAUGAUAACACUAUAUUAAAGGGGAAAAUAAAAGAAAAUUCUUCAAAAAAUAAAUAUAAUGAAUUUUUAUUAUGGACAACAAAAAGUGUAGAUCUUGAUCCAAGCAUAUUAUUAGAAAUUAGUUGUAUGCAGACAGAAGAUAUAUAUUCAGUUUCCAUGAUAUUAUUAUAUGAAUAUUUGAGAGGAUUACAAAAUGUGUUAAAUGAUGGUAUAAAAAUUGUAAGAUCAAAAAAAUGGGAUCAAGAAAGCACCGGGAAAAAUAGAGCACUCACACCAAAAAGCAUAUCAUAUGCUUCAUUUGAUAAAAAUUAUAUAAUAGCUUAUGGAACAUCAUGCGGAUUAAUACAUAUUUUUUCUCAAGAAAAAGAGCAAGAUAAUAAUGUGUGA